AUGAACAGUGCUUUCGUUAUUUCCCUACUCUUCAUUGUUUUCUGUGAGUUUUCUCUCAGAAUUCUUGACACAUUAUCGUGUUUCCAGUCCUAUUCCUCUUUUAUUUCCGUGCAGAGUCCGAUGCACUAAGUGCCUAGUGAGUUGUCAUUCAUACCGCCCGUGUACGCGGUGAACUUUCAGUUCUAACAAGUUACAAGUCAGUAUCUCAUUCGUAGGUGGUAAUGAUCCGCAGAAGUUCUUGUCGAGUGCACUCGCAGCUCCCAAUCGAUUAGGUACGCUUUUCCAGAGAUUUCUAUGAGAAAACGCGCCCGGAUGUUUAGGAAAUCAUCUGUUCGAGUUGGCGGGUCUCUACGGAAUCGCUCAAACUUUGGCCAGAACUCCGGUCUUUUGGAUCGAGGACGAAAACUAUCGGAGAAUGUUGGAAAGUACGCGGGAGCUGGUGCCGGGGCUCGUGGAGAGGUUCACUGUUUUCUAUGGAAAGGUGAGUGCCUUCCACGUACAGUAAUCCCAUGCGCCGUCCAUUAAGGUACCGUCUACUGUCGUUGAGACCAAGUUCCAUGAAAAUGCUGUACAUUUGACAAUCCACAGAGGUUGGCGAAUAUUUCCGAUGAGUAUUUGCACCUUUCCGGUCCGUUUUAUCAGGUGAACAGUGACUUUACUGCAAGAUUCUAAACAGAGCACAUUUGCAGAGUUGGAAAUACUUUCCCGGCGUCGCGAUGAGAUUCUCAGCUAUUUGAGGCCCCCGAAAACCUUCAAAAUCCUUCCCACAUCCGAUGAGAACACUGUUGUGUGAGGGUUUUCGGUGCACGAACGGGAAACUACAUGAAAUGUUUGCAGUACGUGUGUCCACGUCCGACGGGGUGACUUCCGAGAAGUCGGCUACUUUUCCGCAGACCCCGAACUCAUCAGGAAAGCUCUGAAGCAUCUGGAACACCGGUGUAACUUCUAACAUCUUCUAAUGUCCUUGUAAUCGCGCAAAGUUCGUUUCAGUUGCGGCCAGAACGCAUCUCCGAUUGCUCACAGUGUUGUUCGGCGACGAUCGCAAGUUCAUGGGCGGUCUAUUUCCCAAUUCUAUCCACUCCAAUUCCAUAUUUUCUCGCGUCAAGCCUACAGUAAUCAACCGUAGCUCUCGCUUCUAUCCCGUCGCUACCGUACCCAUCUUCAGACCAAGUACUUCAUCUCCUCCAAUCCGCCGUCGGAAGACCUGCUCUACUCGAGCCAACACUGUGAUCGCGUGCUCAUCACUGGUCGGUGCAUGCGUACUUUUCCGCCCGCCUACCGUAACCCUCUCCUCUUCUUUUUCAGCUCCAGUCUCCACAUUCGGCUGGUGGAUGGGAUAUCUGUCGAAGGGAAAUGAGGUGUUUUACCUGGAUGUCCGAACAGUUUCAGAUGUUCUUUAUGUAAGAGGCACCGGGCUACUGUAGCUACAAACAGCCGCUUCAGGAAUCGGGAAAGCUGACAUUUGACGAUUUCUACCCGCCCAAAUGGACGGCUCUGCGGCUUUCCGCUGAUAACUCGACGCUUGUGGAGAGUGAAAAUUGA